AUGGAUAUCCCGGUACAAAUAGCAAUUAGGCUGAAGCCCCCAAGUAUAGCUGAUUCUCUGCAGUGUAUAUUCAGUAAUCCAGUGACGCAAAUAGUCAUCACAGAGAGUGGUCAAACAUUCCAUGUAAACAGAGCCCUACCAGGAGACUGCACGCAAGCACAUUUGUUUAAUUCAUUUAUGAUACCUCAAAUCAACUGCUUCUUAGAUGGAUGCGAUACAUCUGUUGUCGUGUUUGGCCAGGCUAAGUCUGGGAAAACUUACACCCUCUUUGGUCCAGGUUUUGAAUGUAUACAUAGUGAGUGUGAUCAAGGAAUAGUUCCACGGUUUUUGACAGAAAUUUUUCACAGACUUGGACAAAUGCCUGAAAGAGAGUUUGUAUUACACAUAACCUGGAUGCAAGUAGUUGAUAACAAUAUUUUUGAUGUAUUGGGCGCUGGUUUGGUAAAAUGUUCGAAUGUUGAAGAAGCUUUUCAAUACUUACAGUUAGGUUGGAGACAGAGAUGUCUUGGAAACAAUCAUACAUUUUUUACUGUUAGUAUGGAACAGAAAUGGGUGGGUACUAAUGGUGUUCUUAACCAUAGAAUGUCUACUGCUAGUUUUUGUGAUUUAGCAGCAUAUCCUGAAACAGGCUUGUUUGCUUUAGAAAACAUUAUAAAAGAGCUCAUAGCAGGAAACCCUCCCAAACAAAUAAACUAUGAUAGGUGUAUCCUAACUGCAAUGUUAAGAGACUCAUUUGGUGGCAGAGCAUUUACAUGGGUUAUCGGAUGUAUUAGUACAGAACCAGAUGACUAUCAAGAUACACUUAAGAUACUAAACUUGUGCUUGUGUUGUAGAGGCAUAAAGAAUUAUGUAACAGUUAAUUUAUUUGCCGAUAAUAAUACUCCUGUAUAUACAGAUAAAAUGCCAAGUGACAAUGCAUUUAACUUACAAUUUGCUACUACACAAUGGAUUAAAUUAGUUUCAAAUGCUGAAGGUCUUUUCAAUAAGAUUUUACAAUCAAAAUCAUUAUCAGAGGCUGAUAUGAAUCAAGUGAGUGAAUGGCUGUUUUUGAAAGCUGAAUGUGAUGAAUGUUUAAAUAAUGAUAUGACAGCAGACAAUAAGGAGAGUAGUGCAAAACAAGGUUUACCUAGAAUAGCAGAAGACACAGAACCAAGUGAGAUUAGUGAGUCAGAUGUUGAAUCUAAUUCUGAAGACAGUGACUCUGAAACAUUAUUUCAAGAUAAACUGGAAAAAUUAAUGGAAUAUUUUAGAGAAAAGAAUGAUCAAUUAUUUGCAGACAGGUGUGAAGAAUAUCUGAAUCAUAUAGAUUCAGAUGAUAUAACAAUAUCAGAGACAAGUGGCUCACAAUCAAUACCCAUUAUGACAUCUCAGUCAAAUUCUGGUAGAAGAAGAACUAUUCAGCCUGGAGAAAGCAUUUCUGGAGCUCAGCUAGAAUUGUUAAGAAAAGUAGCUGCUAAAGCCAUUUCACCUGAAUCUCAGAAAAUUAUAAUUGAAUCUCAUAAAAAAGAUAUAGAUCCUGAACCUAAAUUAAUAGAAAGAGAAUUGUUAAAAAUGAUUGACUCUCCAAAGACUAAUGAAAUAUGUAAAAAAUAUAAAAUUACAAGAGAAAAAUAUACGCAAAAACAAAUUUUGGCAAGAAAAUUGUCAAAAGAAAUAAGUAGUAGUCAAACUCAAUUAAAAGAAUUAAUAAAUAUGUGUAUAGCAAAACAACGUUUAAUUGACGAUCUCUCGAGAGCAGUUUCAUACAAUUCUCGUAACAAAUCGUAUUCUGAAAAGAAUGAGUCAAAUCUCAUAGAUCAAGAUACAUUAAGGGAAAUAAAAAGGCAUGAAACAAAUUUAAAAACAUACAAGAAACAGAUAGAUCAAAUCAAAAGACAAAUAAAAAAAGAUGAGAAACGAAAAAAUACAUUAGAUGUAGAACUUUUAAAAGACAAAUUAAAAUUAGAUGAACUUUCAGAGUCAUCUGUUGAUGUAAAAGAAAAAAAAUCUAAUUCCAUUAAACAUUUUACUCAUAGGAUAACUCAGUUAGACAGUAUAUUGAAAGAGAAAACAAAUGAUUUAGCUAAUUUAGAAUUAUCGAAAGAGAAAGAGCUAAUGUUGCGAAAGGAAAUAAAAAAUUUACGAAAAACAAGAGAAUGUUUACAUGAACAGCGUUGCAGCUUAGGACACAAAAGAAAAAUGUAUAAAUCACUCUCUGAUUCGGAGGAACGUAAAUUACUUGAAUGUGAAGAAGCUAUAGAAGCAAUUGACACCGCAAUAGAGUAUAAGAACAAUUUGAUUUGUGGAAAAUCGCCGUCGGCGUCUUUAUCUGAUUCUCAAGAUAACAAGGACAACAGAAGUAGAGGCGAGCAAAUGUUGAUGGCAAGACUGGAUAAAUUAUCACAUGAUGAAAUGAAAACUUUAUUGUACAGAUAUUUUCAGAAGGUGGUGGACCUGCGCGGUGCGUGCGCGGCGCUGGAGGCGGGCGCGGCGGCGGCGGCGGACGAGGCUACCGUGUGGCGCGCGCGCGCCGCGCAUGCCUGGCGCCACGCGCAGCGCGCGCGCCCCACUACGCACCACAGAUUUUUUGAUGGCGGUAACGCAGAACGAGCACUCUCAUUCGGCAUGACGACGGACUCUGAGACAUCUGAUGACGCAAUGCGAUUGGUCGACCGAGUGAGACAACUCACUAGAUACCAUCCAUCGGCCCCUGUAAUUCCAAGUCAAAAUCUUAGGCAGCUCAUGCCAGCAACUAAUCUUCCAGUGGCUACAGUUACAAAAGAGAAGAAUAAGUUGGUGAUAGUGCAGCAGAACAAAAAGAACUGAUAUUGGGAUUUUUUUUUGUUUUUACCGCUCAAUAUUAUUUUAAUGCUUGCAAUUUA